UCGAGUUUCAGUGUGAAAUAACUAAGCCUACAUCUACAUGUAGAAUCUAGAAAUGAUCCGGAUUUUAUGUGUAGUUUUAGGUCGUUUUUCGGAAAAAUUAUUGGUAUUUACACACAGCUCUUGUUGGUUAACUAAGAAAGCAAUGUUUUUCCAGCCGGACUCACGUAUCUCUACCUAAUUUUGUGUGUUUGGCUAUGGGUGGUUGUCUUGGAUCAUCAAGAGAUCGUAAUUCAGGAAGUAGUGCAGCACGGCGAAAUUUGCAGCUAAAGCCUGAGAAGCCCAAGUGGAAGAGCGAUGUGCCGCUGACCGACGGGCAGCUGCGCAGCAAGCGCGAUGAGUUCUGGGACACGGCGCCGAUGUUCGAGGGCCGCAAGGAGAUCUGGGACGCGCUGAAGGCGGCGUCGUACGCAGCCGAGGUUAACGACCAUGGCCUCGCGCAGGCCAUCAUAGACGGCGCCAACAUAACACUGCCUCACGGCACGCUGACGGAGUGCUACGAUGAGCUGGGUAACCGCUAUCAGCUGCCCGUCUACGUGCUCAGUGGCCCUACCAACAUGAUAGAGGAGCACAGCGAGACGGACCAGGGACAAGACUCGAACGCCACGCUCGGACCAGAAGUGACGCUAAAGCUGCGGUUGUCGACGGGGAAGGAUCUGAAGCUGCUCUGCCGGACGACAGACACCGUGCUGGGAGCGAAGAGGAGACUCGCAGAGCUAGAGGGCUGUGAGCCGCAGCAUCAGCGGUGGUUCUUCUCCGGAAAGCUACUCAACGACAAGACUCGAAUAGAAGACGCCAAAAUCCCACAGUCAUUCAUAGUUCAAGUGGUGAUCAAUCAGCCAAAGCCCUCUCCGAGCCCCGUGGAAAGCUAACCCGUGACGCGAGAUGCAAUGACGACUUCCCGACGAAAAUUCACAGAAGUGCACGCGACACGAUGUACUUUCAAGACGAGCGCAAGCAGGAGCCAAGAAUCGUGUGUGUCGCCGACAAGUGUCCUGCGGUAGCGACUGCACGCCAGAGCAUCGUUCACUGCACGCCAUACGGUGAACUUGUCUAAUGGGUGACAUCGUAUACGUUGAGUGAUUGCUUGAUGAAUAGCUGUGAGGACUAGUGGGAUAGGGAGAGAAUGUGUGUGUGUGUGUGUGCAUGUGUGUGCGUGAGAGAGAGAGACAGAGUGUGUGUGUGAGAGAGAGAGAGAGCGAGAGUGUGUUAUAUUCGAUUUCCACUUACUGUAUGACUAGGAGGUUCUUCUCCCUAGUCAAUUAUCUGCAUGAGUAAGUUGCAUGCACGUUCACGUGUUUGUAGUGCACAUCUGAAGAUUGGCUAUUCAUAUAUAUAUAAACAUAUAAUACAGAAUGCAAAACCAAUAUAUGUUUUUCGUCAUAAUAGUCUCAUCUCAUAGCGAGUGGAGCCAUCUAUAUCACAGUAAUGCACUUUGACACGCAUGCGUGAAGGGUCUGUGAAUUCUCUCACAGCAGUUAAUAUUAUGUCCCUAAAGUAUAAUAGGAUAUAUCAGUAGUUCAAUUAAUAAUCGUAGUUGUCCCCCAAACAUUUAAAAUGUCAUAUGAGCAAUUUUAACUUUAUCAGGUAGUUCAAAUUAUACUUGGUUCAUACUUGAUUUUUGUAUGAGUAUAGCAGGAACUUGUAUAACAAUGCGAUUGUUUUGUGAUACUUUGUAUUACAAUGGCUAUGUGAAAUUUGUGUUUUCACCACGUAAUGAUGAAAGUGCUGUAUUGCGGUGGUGACGCAGUACCAUGCCAACGUUAUUUAAACAAGUAAUUCCUAAUAUAUUUGUUUAGUGAUUACUACGUAUUACGUUGGUUUGUGGGAUCUAUUUGCCAUCAUUAUGCAAGAUCCUGCUGUAUUCCCAACUAAUCUUGGCUCUAGAACAAAGAAUCCUUCAUCACUAGCAAUCACUCUAAAGCCAUGUAAUUAAGGUCUCUAGAGAAAUGGCAAGCCAAAAUAAAGCGCCAGUUUAUCUUGUGUAUAUAAAUACUGGUAACAACUAAAGCACAUCAUUUCAACUCAGUGUAAAAAAACCUGUGGAAUUUAAACAACAGAGUGAAAAGGAAUAAACCCAUAUUAUCGCGUAGUUGCGAGUAUACACUGGUUACCCUAGAGCACUGAUUCCCAAUAUGCGCAGUAGGACCCACUGGGGGCUUUGGGAUUACCUAGGGGAAAGUGACAGUCAAGAGGCAGCGGUAGGUGUAUAUAUGGUAAGGGCAUUAGGGAUGAGUGUAUUGGGCCAAGUGGCCGUGGUCCAAAAACGUUUGGGAAGUACUGCCCUCAAUGGACGUCAGCUUUCACGUAGUGCAUCCAUUCUUUCUGAAGGAAAUUUACAUUAUUGGCUGUUGGUUAAAUAGUUGUUUAGUAUGUUUAGGUCAUUUCAUACUAUGAAAUUGGCUUUAAUAUAACCAACUUACCUUUGCUAACUAGUUUAUAAGGCACAGGUAUAGUUCGGUUAGAUUUUGCAUUCCGAAAUUGAUUUCAUUCAUGCAUGCUUUGUAGUGUAACUAAAGCACAACGCUAAUUUAGAGCCUAUGUGUCGUGCAGUGUUUUUGAUUUUUUUGCCCUGAACUGUCGAGGUUUCUGUCCGCUGUUUUAAAAGCAGUGGUGACGUAUUUAUCGAUUUUCGAUCUACACUAUUUAAAUUAGCAUGCAUUCGGAUGCAGCUUAUAGUAAUCAUAAGGUCACUUACUUGAACGUUGUUAUUACGGUUGAUGUUGUUUCAUCACAAUGUUGUGAAACUAAGCUAAGGUUAAAUAGAUUAAGUAUAGCUUUUCAAUAGGAUGUCACUAUUGGAAAAGCAGUAUUCGUGUAGCACGUGUUGUAGAAAGCUGUAGAAGCGGUGGUGCUGUUCCAAGCAUUACACAGAAAGCCGUGGUAGCACUGAUGCUGCCCAAACUUCACAUGCAGCUUAGGAAAGGUCGGUAGAAUUAAAUUGCCCUGGAAUGGACAGAAUUCGCUGGAAAUUGCACUGAAUCGGAGCAAAAAAAUCGUUAUGAGGUUCUCGCGUUGCAGAUUCGCGCGGCGUGUAGUGUCUGCCAUCCGUGCGUGUUCGUUGCAUACAAUUGUGCGCGCGUGCGUCUGUGAACCCUAAUAGCCACGGGGAUGUGUCUAUGCGGGGACCGAGCAGCAUCGGGCGCAUCUAGACUACUUGUCUGCCAGGAAGCUGCCGUCCACGCGCGCAGAUAGUCACGUGAAGGCAACUGGUCCUACAGUAGUGACCGACGUUGGGUCGUAGAUUAGAGAUCGCACGGACGCGCGGGGUAUAAUAUAUAACCGUGCACCGCUCAACGUUGUAGGGUUAGCGAUAGGGGGAGAGACACGGGCCCAGCAGUGACGGACAAGUACAGAGAGCGUCUGAUACGUGUCGCCACCCGCCGUGUGGUGCAUCCGUCGAUAAAAUCUAACGUCAGCCUGUCACUCGCAUGCGUUAAUUGAAUCGUUUGGGUUCGGCCUCAGCCAACAAGCGCAGACGUUCUCCUCGCAGCCGCUGAAUUCGCUCCGUCGCUCCGUGUUUGCACUUCGCUGCAAUAUUUGCGCGACAGAAACCCGUUGUCAUGGAAGAGGGAAGAUGGUGUCCAGGAGAUGGAGACGCCGUCGCUGAAUGUAUCGAGCAAACGCUGCCGUAUCCCACGCGUUGUUGGGGUGGGGGGGCCACAGGCCGCAUUUAUUAUUUUGCCGAUGUGCGCCGUCACACGAAAAGCUGUGUAAAAAUGCGAGAAAACGUGUGUAGUGUCUGUAGGGAAGCGAGGUGGAUGUAGUUUAUUGGAGUAGAUGCGUAGGCCUAAGGGCUGUCCUCCUAAAGAUUUGACCCCCAAUCAACGUUGACUACAAUAAGGGCUUUUCUUACAAUCGUUUAGUCAUAUCUAUGGUCAACCCCAUCAACGGUUGAGCCCGGUUGGCAUUGGUAAAGUUGAUCAUUUUUCUUCGACUAUUAUAAUCAAUUUAUCGAACCGCACUUUACCUUGCGCUUGCUUGUUAAUAUAUAUAUAUAUAUAUACAUAUUAAUAAGCGAGCGCAAAAAAAAUGUUUUUCGCUAUACCCAAGAUCCAUCACGGUCAGCCUACCCUAACACACACACGCACGCACGCACGCACGCUCGCGCGGCCAAUGAACAAUAAUAAUAGAACGUGUGACAUUAUCCCGAAGAAAUUCCACGCGACAGGUGGCGGUGACGUUGUCCGUUGAAUCGCGUGAGUGGUUCGUGCUAUUUAUCGUUGCCUUUUUAAUUAGCGAUUUCUAACUACCGUGUUGUGUGGUCGAACAAUAAGGUUCAUUGUUUACCCUUAUCAUUGCUGUGAACACCAUCACUGGCAGUGUGGCGCGUCUGUGCUUUACGACAUAUAUGUAUAGGUCAGAGUACUAAAACCAAAGAUGCAUGUAAAAAUCUAUAAUGUGAAAGGAAUCGCAUUUUAUGAAUUUCGUGGUUGUAUAAAGAUAUGGAAUAUUGAAUGUUUUUAUUUCAGUGUUCGUUCGUGUGGAUUUUAUUGUAAAUAUUGAGCAGUAUCAUCAUUAUCAUGCUUACAGUUAGUGGAAGGAACUUGUUCUAAAAAAACUCGUUUGCUUCGAGCGUCAAAUUCAGCCAGCAUAAGGUGUCGGUGCUACAAACUUACUAUCUACGAAAUGGGGGAGGGAGGGAGAGUAGAGUAGGUCUCCUCAGUGCUCCCUAUGUAGUGAAUGGUUCUCCCUAGUACACGACAUCUAGUACACGGUCUGUAUUAAAAUUUAUAUGCGUAUAUGGACCGCUUUCGUUGUGGCGCCAUGACGUUUACUGGGAGUCUUGCCAAAGUCGCACGAACGUUAGUUAUAUCCUACUCGUGCGUGUAACACGGCGAGUUAUUCGAAGCAAUUGAGGAUAAAUUGGGUGGGGGUAUCAGGGGGAGGGGUGUGCUUUGUUGGAAAAUACUCGAAAUUAGCUAGUAACGUUUCAACGGGCAGUUGGCGGUGUGAAUUAUUGUUGCCGAUCUAUAACCGCAUGUAAUCACGAUAGGUAUUUCGCCCGUGGUAUCCAAUUGCCGUUAGUCUGGAAAAAUGAUUCGUAAAAGGCUCGGAAUAGAAUUGCCUAGCUCCAUUAUAUAGUUAGCAACGGUACAGUACUGUACAGUAUGUUUCAGUCAAGAAGGCAUGGCGUUGAUGAGUUGACGUUCUUAGUGUAACGGCUACCACCGUAUUGUCAGAUUUAAUCAAUUUUAUUAAAUUUAAUAAAAUGCAGGUAAAAACGCGCUUUCUCACAAUGGCUUGACUGUACUGUACAGUGUACACAGUACUGUAUUGACGUACGUGUAUGUUCUGUAGCGUGUACGUGUUACGUCGCAAUUUUGUGAAAUGUGUGCAUAUGCUGCUUUCCCAUAAUUUUCCUGUAAUUAAAUGUAAACCGGUACUGGCCUUCAAAUUUCCCAAUUGUUGGGGUGGCAUCAUUCUCCAAUUUCGAUUCUCACAAUUGUUUUUUUCAAUGCAGAAAUCGGCACUCAAAAUUAGUUGAAAUCUCUGUAAUUUAAACAACAUAUAGCCAGCUGGAGGUUUCAUGCUGUAUUAGUGAUUUUGUUAUGUCUCCACCUUGUUUUCCAUGCAAUAUUUUUCAACUGGCUUGCAUGUGUUGAACAACGAUUCAGCCCAAUUAAAGUUGAUACAUGUAUCACGUUGGCGAAACGUGAUGUUGCUACAGCUGCAGAUUCUGGAGAACACAUACGCGCAUGUAAUGACACCGUGCACCAUGUACGCAUGUUUUAUCGCUUAAUAUCGAGUUAAUAAAAAUGACACUUCUGUAAAAAAAUA